GUACUAUGCAUGCAUCGGAGUCGCCGUGACGGCGAUAUCAUUCAGAUAUUUCAGUUCUUUGCCCCUCACUCAAUGGGCGUGUGUCGGUUAGAUUGCUAGUGACGGGAUGGGGUUACGUAUCACAACAUGGAACGUUAACGGGAUCCGUAAUCCAUUCUCCUAUGAACCAUGGAGAGGCAAGCGUACCUUCGAUGCGAUGUUUGACAUCCUCGAAGCCGAUAUUGUCGUGUUUCAGGAAACCAAAAUUCAACGGAAGGACCUUCGUGAUGACAUGGUCAUGGUACCGGGAUGGGAUUGCUACUUCAGCUUACCCAAGGUGAAGAAAGGCUACUCGGGGGUAGUCAUAUACACCCGCAAUGCGACGUGCGCCCCUAUUCGUGCGGAAGAAGGACUUACAGGCAUGCUUUGCCCGCCGAACUCAUCGGUCUCCUUUCGCGACCUUCCGGAUGACCAGCAGAUUGGCGGCUACCCAACUCUAGAGCAACUUAGUAGUCUCGAGGUUGACCCUGCCGUUCUUGAUUCAGAAGGUCGCUGUGUCAUUCUUGAGUUUCCCGCCUUCGUGUUGCUAGGCAUAUAUUCUCCCGCAAAUCGGGAUGAGAGCCGCGACUCAUUCCGCCAUGACUUUAUUGAAUUGAUGGAUGCCCGUGUUCGCAAUCUCGCUGCCAUGGGAAAACAGGUGUUCGUCACAGGAGAUCUCAAUAUCUCCAGAAGAGAAAUCGACGCAGCGCAUGCGGCGGAGGCGAUUCGGAAAGGAACCUUGACCGAGGACGAAUGGGUUUCGGUUCAUGCAAGACGCGUUUUCAAUCAGUGGUUUCCGGACGGCAAAGUCAUCGGGGAGCGCGAUGAAGGAAGAGAGGAGCCUGUGCUUCACGAUAUCUGCCGAUCAUUUCAUCCCGAUCGAAAAGGGAUGUAUACCUGUUGGGAGCAGAGAAUCAAUGCCCGCCCGGGCAAUUACGGCGCGCGGAUUGAUUAUGUCCUCUGCAGCUUAGAAAUGCAAGAUUGGUUCUGCGAGUCCAAUAUUCAAGAAGGGCUCAUGGGCUCGGAUCACUGUCCUGUCUAUGCCAUUAUCAAGGAUAGCGUGGUGUUUCGAGGAAAAGAGACCAACAUUCGUGACAUCAUGAACCCUGCGGGGGUGUUCGAAAAUGGCGAGCGUCAGCAGGAGUACUCAUCAAAGUUGUUGUUGCCUACCUCCGGACGUCUAAUCCCUGAGUUUGACAAGCGAAGAAGCAUCAAGGAUAUGUUCAUGCGCAAACCGACCAAAGCAUCUCAAUCCUCUCCAACUCGAACUUCGACAAAUGCGGGGUUGACCCCCGUGCAAGAAGCAACCGCCACGUCUGCUUCCGAAAACCCGACUAACGAGACGGUCACUGGUGCCAACGACGAGGGCAGAGGCACAAUACGCAAGCGAUCAAACAAGCCGGAAUCCCCAAUCAAACGAUCAAAAAGUACAAUGGCCUCAACGCAGGCGCCUACCAGCGCUGGGCAAAAGACUUUGAAAGGUUUCUUCAAACCCAGAAGUGCCCCCACAAAUUCUAGUAACGAUGGCUCCACCAAAGACGCUGAACUUGCUCCCCUCCAAACGUCAAAUUUGCUCUCCAACAUGACUGGCGCGUCGGACUCCUCGCAGCUUGAGAACCAGGAGGUUCUGAAUACCGUGACGUCAGCCUUUGCAGAAGAAGCCAACAACAGCACCCCAUCUAGUGCAAUUACCCCCAAGGAGGAGGACGCAGUCAUUGACCCAAUUGUGAGCAAAGAAGAUUGGUCUAAGCUCUUCACGAAGAAACGAGCCCCACCAUGCGAAGGCCAUCAGGAACCGUGCAUCAGCCUGACGACGAAAAAGCCGGGACCGAACUGCGGGCGAGCGUUUUGGAUAUGUUCGAGGCCUCUGGGACCGAGCGGCAACAAGGAGAAGGGUACGCAAUGGCGAUGUCCGACGUUCAUUUGGGCAAGCGAUUGGAAUUCAUCAUCCACGUAGCUGUAGGAGAUUGCUCAUAUUAGCGAAGUUUUGUCUGGAUAGGAUGGAGGAAGGAAAUGAUACCCCUGCGCUCUUUGUCCUCAAGUGUGAUACCAAACCUGGAAAGUUGAACUGGUGUUCUAUUUGUCCUGCUGUGAAUAGUUGUUGGGUUCGAAAGCCUGGUAAUAAAAC